AUGCCCCCGCUGUCUCCUUGUCUGCGAGGCACCCUGCUCGCAUGGGUGCCCUGCGGGUUCCUGUGGCUGGCGGCUCCCUUCGAAUUCUACCGCAUCGCCUGCAGUGAUGCGGCACCUCUGCGAUGGUCGGUACUCAGCUCUAUUAAAAUGAUUCUGUCCGCGGCCAUCGCAAGCACGCACCUGUCUUUGCUGCUCUCCGAAGAUUAUCUGCUGCCGGAGGAAUUCACCGGCACCACGUUCAAACUCUUCACGCUGGUGCUAGCCUGCGCGCUACAGUCGAUGAUGAGGAUGGGCGGCCUCAGUUCAUCGGUAGUGCAGUUCGGCUUCUGGCUCCUGUUUUCCGCGACGUCCACGAUGACGACUUUCAGCAUCUACAGGGACAGUACGGAAUACCAGUCGUGGUCCAACCGAGGCGCGCAAACGCACUGCGGCGUCGUUGUCAUGUCCCUUGUCGUCCUCGUGAUGAACUCGUUCGCAGACCUGAGCCACCGCGAAAAGCAGGACGACAUCCCUGCCCUUGCGGAAGACAUGGAUCCCGCGGCUUGCUCAGACAUGCUGCAGCGACACUGGAGGCCAGAGGUGAAGACGGGAGGUCCCGGAGAAGGCAAAACGCUCGUGCACAGGCGCUCGCUGCUGUUUUCCCUGGUCAAAGCCUUUGCAGGUCCCCUCAUUCAGAUAGCUGCACUGGAGACCAUAUUUUGCGCCACCAUGUUCCUUCCUAUCUACCUGAUGGACGUUUUGAUCCAAUUUGGCGGCUCGCGGGAACCCAAGUGGAAGGGAUACCUGUACGCCGUGCUCAUGGCGGUGGCCAGCAUGGUGGUUAACCUGCUCUACUCACAAGUCUAUUAUCUGAGCAGCGUCUUGGCGCUGCGCGUCAAGACUUCCCUGAUAGCCUUUCUUUAUCGAAAGGUGCUCAUGGCCUGGUCGACAGGCGGGGAGCAGCGCUCGGCUGGCGAGGUGAUCAACAGCAUCACUCUGGAUUCGGACAAGGUCUACCAGGCCGUGCUGUUCGCCGGUGAGCUGUGGGGCGCCCCGCUGCGCCUCCUCAUCACGAUGGCUAUGCUAUGGCAGUACCUGGGUCCCUCUUGCCUGGUCGCCGUCGCCGUCGUUCUGGUCGUGCUGUUUGCCUCGUUCUUUUUUGCCCGCAGAGUACAAGUGGUCCAGACGGCUCAAAUGGAGAAAAAAGACAGGCGGGUCAAAUACGUGCAUGAGCUGUUCAGCGGAAUCAAGAUCCUGAAGCUUUACGCGUGGGAGGAGCCGUUCCAACAACGCGUGGUGGAUGUCCGCAAGAGCGAGAUGGAGAUGCUGCGCAAGAUCGCCUUCUACUUCAGCCUCAUGAAUUUCGUCUGGAACUGUAUAUCCUUCCUGGUGUCACUGGUGACCUUCAUGACGUUCCUGAUGGUGGGCUCGCACGGACUGGACCCAGUGACGGCGUUCGUGUCUCUUGCACUGUUCAACACCCUGCGCUUCUCUCUCCUCCUCAUCCCGGACCUCAUCGUCGGCUGCGUAGUGUGCAACGUUGCCAUGGGCCGCAUGCAAGACUUUCUACUGAGUGAGGACGUCGAUCCAAAACAAGUUGGCAGCCAACCAGACCCGGGUGACGCGGUAACCAUUCGCCAGGCGUCAUUCAGUUGGCACCGGCAGGAAGGGGGUAUGGUACUGCAGGACGUGGACAUCCACAUCGCUCAAGGUCAGCUUGUGGCUGUCGUUGGUCAGGUGGGCUCUGGCAAGACGUCUAUCCUGUCUGCCAUCCUCGGAGAGUUGCGAUGCGUCAAGGGCUCACUCGACAGAAAGGGCAAAGUGGCGUACGUCGCUCAACAGGCUUGGAUCCAGAACGCCACGGUGCGCCAGAACAUCCUCCUCAAGAGGCAAUACCACUCGUGCUUCUACGGACGCAUCGUUCAGGCCUGCCAGCUUCAGACCGACCUCGCCGAGUUGCCCGCCGGUGACCAGACAGAACUGGGCAUGCGUGGGGUCAACCUCAGUGGGGGACAAAAGCAGCGCAUCAACCUCGCCAGGGCAGUAUACCAGAACGCCGAUCUCUACAUCAUGGACGACCCACUGAGCGCCGUGGACGCCCAAGUCGGCUCGGCGCUUUUCCAUGGCGUCAUCGGUCCCCGAGGACUUUUAAGAAACAAGACCCGUGUUCUGGCAACCAACGCGAUGUCGCUGCUGCCCAUGACCGACAUGGUGAUAGUGAUGCACCAGGGACGCGUCAAGGAGAUCCACCGCGCUCCGUACAGCCAGCGGCUGUUCGACAAAGGGCUGGCGCUGAACGUCCUCAUUUCGUCACCACCGGUGGUGCAACAGAAGCCGCACAAAAAGCAAGCAGCCCCAGACGGUGGCGUGGCCAGGCCUCUGAUCAGGGCUAUGUGUGACGACAAGACGUUCGACUUGACCUCUGGUGAGAUGUCUUCGCUCUCCGUCACGCUGUCCAAGAGGCCGAACCCUCAAGCCAACCGUUCAGCCUACGCCACGCAUGGUCAUCUUGUCGAGGAAGAAGCGUUCCACAUUGGCAAGGUCGACUACGAGAUCUACCGCGACUACGUGAAACGCUUCGGGCCUAUCAUGUUCCUCCUGGUCCUUGUGAGCUACGGUGCUUGCCGGGCGUUUGACGUACUUUCGUCGGUAUGGAUCAGCAGCUGGAGUCGGGAAGUCAUCCAGGCAGAUGGAAGCACGUGGCAUGCAGACAGCGGUUGGAGGUUGUCUAUCUACGGACUGCUGGGAGUGUGCCAGGGAUUGUCCAUCCUCCUGGGAACGUUAGUCUUGGCUCUGUGCGCUCUCAUAGCGUCGAGCAGCAUUCACGACGAAGCUCUGAGCCGCCUGGUCCGAGCACCCAUGUCAUUCUUCGACACCACACCAUUGGGGCGCAUGCUGAAUAGGUUCAGCAAGGAUUUGGACCAGGCCGAUAUGCAGAUAGGCAUCGUCCUUGACUCUGUCUUAGAACAACUGAGUGACGUUCUGGGCAUCCUGCUGCUCAUCACGCUGUACAUCCCGACCUUCCUGCCAGCCGUCGCACCAUGUGCAGUUAUUUACUUGAUUGUGCAGAAGCUCUUCGUGCGCACCUUCCGGCAACUGCAGCGACUCGAGUCCGUCUCUCGGUCGCCAGUGUUCAACUGCAUCGCCGAGACGGUGCCCGGCGUGCAGACCAUCCGGGCUUACGCCGUGCAGCGCGGUUUCGUGGCCCUCUCGGACUCCCUGCUCGAGCGCUGGAUCUCGUGCGCCUUCUAUCUGAUGGGCGCCGAGAGGUGGCUUACGGUGCGCCUCAACUUCCUCGGCACCGCCGUGUCGCUCGUGACGGCCUGCUUGUUGGUUCACGGACGGGACACCCUCGGACCGGCGACCAUCGGCCUAACACUUCUAUAUGCCCUCAAGGUGACCGACGCGCUGAACUACCUCGUACGCUCCACGGCUGACCUGGAGAAUUCGCUGAUCGCCGUGGAGCGUCUCCACGAGUACACCAGGACACCGACCGAGGCGCCAUGGCGCGUGAGCCCACCGCCGAGUCCCGACUGGCCGCAGCAGGGUGCCGUCCAGUUCGUGGACUUUAGCACUCGCUACCGGCCGGACCUGGAUCUAGUCCUGCGCAAAAUCAAUCUCGUAAUGCGCCCUUCGGAAAAGGUUGGUAUAGUGGGCCGCACAGGUUCGGGCAAGUCGUCCCUGACGCUGUCCAUGUUCCGCAUCCUGGAACCGGCCGAGGGGGACAUCAUUAUCGACGGCGUGGCCAUAUCGCGCAUCGGGUUGCAUGACCUGCGAUCCAAGAUAACGAUCAUCCCGCAGGAGCCGGUCUUGUUCUGCGGGUCACUACGCCUUAACCUGGACCCCAAAGGUGAGCGCACGGAUGAACAAGUGUGGGCAGCCCUGGACAAGGCUCACCUCAAGGACUUCUUCAAGAAGAAGGCUGAGAAACUGGACUUCUUGGUCGAGGAAGAAGGGAAGAACCUGAGCAUUGGUCAGCACCAGCUUAUCUGCUUGGCUCGUGCCCUGCUGCGUAACACCAAGCUGCUGGUGCUAGACGAAGCCACGGCUUCGGUGGACCCGGAUACGGAUGUCCUCAUCCAACAGACCAUCCGCCGUGACUUUGCCAACUGCACCGUUCUCACCGUGGCCCAUCGGCUACAGACGAUCCUGGACGCCGACAGGAUUGUCGUCAUGAGCUCUGGCGAGAUAAAAGAGGUAGGCGCACCCGGAGACCUCAUGAGGAAUCGCAAGUCGGCAUUCUUCGCCUUGACUCGUGAAGCCGGCCUGGGAAGUGAAGAGCGCAGCUCUGGCUUCGAACACAAAACAUCCAAGCACUCUCUGACCGGACAUUAA